AUGGAGGAAGGAAAUUCCCCUGACGGCACAGAGGAUGAGGCAGACGACGAGGUGCCGAACAGUCUUGCCAGAAGUGGAGGGAAUGGAGAUCCAAACACUUCAUUAGACCUGAUGGUUCAGGGGCAGGAUGGCAGUGAUGAGAGUGCCAAGGUAAGGAGCGAAGCUGGGGAUGAUCGAGACGAAGAUACUGAGAACAGUGAUGGGGAGUCAGAUUCGAGCAGUCUACGUACGUUGAGGGCUGUCGUUGCGGAAUUUGAGUAUCGAGACGAAGAUACUGAGAACAGUGAUGGGGAGUCAGAUUCGAGCAGUCUACGUACGUUGAGGGCUGUCGUUGCGGAAUUUGAGUAUCGAGACGAAGAUACUGAGAACAGUGAUGGGGAGUCAGAUUCGAGCAGUCUACGUACGUUGAGGGCUGUCGUUGCGGAAUUUGAGUAUCGAGACGAAGAUACUGAGAACAGUGAUGGGGAGUCAGAUUCGAGCAGUCUUCGCACGUUGAGGGCUGUCGUUGCGGAAUUUGAGUCGUACUUCCUCAGUGACGACUCGGAUUGGGAUUGUUUGGGUGAAGAAUUCCCUAACUACCUUACGGGCCACAAUGAAGAAUGA